GCACAAGAGCAGCAUUUUAAGGGUAUCCACGUGAUAUAUGUGGGGAAAGUCCUAAAACCCACACUAAUCAGCACACAAAUCAGCCGUGAAAACAGGAAGUAGGACAACAUUAGACGACGACGGACCAAACAUUAAUGGCGAAACACGACCUCAAAUAAGAAGUCACAUGGAGGUAUUGUGGCGCUCACAUGACAGUCCGAGCCAUGGCAGCGGAGAUCAAUGAAGGCUCGGUGCCUGCCUACUACAGAGAAGUCUACGAGGCCAUCUGCUGCAGGAAUGAUGAAAAAGUCCAAGUGGAGGUUUUCCAUAGGUUGCUGGAAAGGACUAAACUCUCCAAAGCCGUUCAAGCCCAGAUAGUCGAGCACGUCCACUCUACAGACGGAUUCCUGAGCAAGCUGACACUCUAUAAAAUGCUGGCUUUAAUUGCCAUCGCUCAGCAGGGGAAGCAGCCCAGUCCCAAAGUCCUGGAGAACUACAUACAAGAGCUACCGAAGCCUCAGCUGGGGGAGUUGGGCGACUUGUGUGCUCUUAGGAUGCAGCCCGUUCAGGAGGAUGUGCUGACGCUGUCGCAGACGUUGGACCAGCAUCUCGGCAGAGACAGUGUCCAGGUGGAGCUCAUACCAGAGAAAAAGGGCCUGUUUCUCAAACAUGUGGAGUACCAGGUCACCAGCCAGCGUUUCAAAAUAUCAGUUUAUCGACGCUACAGCGAUUUUGACGUCUUCCACGAGGUUCUGCUGCAACGUUUCGCCUACAGAGUGGUGCCGUCGCUUCCUCCUAAAAGAAUGUUAAAAGGAGUCCUGACCUCCGUUUCCGAGCGCGAGUUCAUCGAGGGGAGGCGGCGUGCGCUGGGGCGGUUCAUCAACUUGGUGGCGAAGCACCCUUUCUUCUCAGAGGAUGAACUGGUCAAGACCUUCCUAACCUUUAGUGGCUCUGAUGUCCAGAUCAGGCUGCGUGACGCUUACAAGAAAACUGGCGAUGAGUUCAUGACCAACAGAAUUGCGACUCAAGCGAAGGACUACCUCCCCGCUGACAUCCAGGCGCAGUUCUCCCUGAGCAGAGAGCUGAUCAAGAACAUCCACAACAGCUUCUACAAGCUGCGGGAGCGAGCCGAGAAGAUCGCCGAGCGCUCCAAGGGGAAUGCCAGCGACCUCCUCCUGUUUGGCAGAGAGCUCAGCACGUUGGGCUCGGAAACGUCGUCCCUUCCGUCGUUGGCGUCAUCACAGAGUACUUGGGGCCGCCUGUGUCAAUCUCUAAAGAGUCUGUCAGUAGAGUUUGCCGUGCUCUCGGACAAAGCUGGUCAACAGGCGAGACGGGAGGAGGACGACGUUGUGGAAAGACUGCAUUUUUUCCUGGAUUUGCUCCAGUCGUACAGAGACCUGUGCGAGCGCCAUGAGAAGGGCGUGCUCCACGAGCAUCAGCGAGCGCUGCACAAGUACAGCGUGAUGAAGAGGCAGAUGAUGAGCGCCACCGUGCAGCCCAAGGAACAGACAUCGGUAGUGCAGCUCGAAUCGCGAAUUGUUCAGCAAGAAAAUGCCAUUCAGACCAUGGAGUUGCGUAACUACUUCUCAUUGUUCUGCCUCCACCAAGAAACACAGCUCAUCUUCACCUACCUGCCAAUCACCUCCCACAUCCUGGGAGCUUUUGUAAACUCCCAGGUGCAAGGACACCGAGAGAUGGGCGAAGUAUGGAACGAACUCCAGCCGAAGCUGGGCUGUCUCUUCGGUGAACAAAACGGAUUGAAACGGGCCCUCUAAUGAAGCAGCUGCUCAUGAAGAUCACUAACUGGAAAAAGAAACUUUCACGCAAGUGCCUUUUGCUACCAAUUCAGUGUUUGGCCUUAUCACAUUUUGGCUGCGGGCACUUUAAUAAAAAUCAACUUUAACUGGCAACCAAGAGGGAAAUUGGCCAAGCUGUAUUUCUAUUUUGUUAUACAAGGGACCAUUUAGCGCAGUCAAAAUGUAAGCUUUUUCUUUAUGUACAUAAGUUAUUGUGUAAGACGUGGAAAACAAUCUAACGCAGAAGGACAAAGUAUUUCACUUUAUUAGGAAUGUUGUUUAUGAUCACUCCACCAGGUUUUGAGUUUGGAAAGAUUUUUUUUUAUACAAAUGUUUUUAUCGAAGUGCCUCUUAUUUGCAUGUACUGUUUCUUUGCAUCAUGUUAUCCCGCUGUGCUUAUAAUGUUUUGAUUUUCAAUGACUCCCAGGUUUGUUUCAUAAGCUAAAUAAAUCCCAGGUGCCUGGUCUCAAACUUGCACUUCACGCUCACAUUGAAAGGCACUCUGUCUCUGUAUGUGCAAUAGGAUGUAUGAAGUCCAUAAAACACUAUUGUUCUUCAUUUUGAAAAAACAAAGCUUAUGGAGAAGACAGAGGAACACUUGGUCACAAUUGCACAGCUUCUGUCCUACAAUGUGUAAAGCAUAAAAAAGAUUGACUUAUCUAUAUGAUAUUUUGUUGAAUAAUAAAUGCACAAAGUUAAAAAUGA